AUGCAUACAGGUAAAAAAUCUACAGAACAUCCAACAAUCACUACUAUUACUACUAGUAAUAGUAGCAUCAAUGAUACGAACCAGAAUUAUCUUCAAAUUGCGUUAUUGUCGUCAUCGCCUAUAAUUAAUAAUGACAUAAAAUUAAAAGAAAACCACGAUGAAGAUAAAAAUGUAUCCUUUUCUAACUCUUUAUCAAAAAAUUCUCAAAGUAAUGAAAAUGAUAAUAGCAACAACAACUACAAUACAUCUUUUCCGCCUUCCCCUUCUAAUUCGCUUUCUAAUAAUACAACAAAAACACUUGAUAGCACACAAAUAACAAAAAAAUUAGAGUCUGCGUCUAAUUUAAUCAGCUCGCCUGCUACUUCGAGUUUGAAUAAGAAUCGUGCAGGAUAUACAUUAGCAUUAGGGUAUCAAAGUCAAAUGCAUCAAAACAUACCACAAAUCUCACCAUAUACUAAUAAAUAUUAUCAACACCAACAAGCAAUUCAAUCACGAGAGCGGCAAAUACUAUCUUUACAAAGUCAUCAAUACCAUCAAUUCGCUUCAAAAUAUCAGAAACAACAUUAUAAUCACAUUCAAGCUAAUCAGCAUAUGGUCGGAAAUCCUCCUCCUCAAUUAACAUUAUUAUCAAAUGUUGGUGGUAAAAGCCAAUCUCUUUUACAACAUUUACCAAUUCCAUUACAAACACAUAGUCAACCAACAUUAAAUCAUCCACAGCAACAACAACACGAGCCAACAAUACAAACAAACAGUCAAUCAACGAUAUUGGAAGAAGAACGUCAAAAAAGAAGACUUGAACGUAAUCGUAUUGCUGCAAGACAAUGUCGCGAACGCAAAAAAGUUUAUGUUGCAAAUCUUGAAUCAAAAGUCACAAGACUUGAAGAUGAAAAUUUAUAUUUACGAGAACAACUUGCUGAAUUAAACACACGACUUCAAUAUAGUCCUAUGGAUGUUCAAGAAUGCUUAAGAUUGUACAUGAUGGUUGAAGAUUUGAAGUCUAAACUGAACGACGAAAAUAAUCAAAAUGCACAUAUAAAAGUCAAUAAUAAAUCUACUCGAGUUGUACCAAGUGGACAAAUUAUUAAUACACAUCGUAUAAUGUUUUCAUAUCUUACACAAGACGAUAUUAGAGAAAUAACGGAUUUUGUUCAAAAUGUAAAAAAUGAUUAUGAAGAAUUUGAUUCUAAUGAACAUUUGGUUGGUCAAUUACCCUUUGAAAAACAUUCAAAAAUUCAAACUAAUAGUUAUGCUGGAUAUAUAAAAAUUAGAUCCUUUGAAACAACCGAGGGAAAAGGAAACUCAAGCUUGUUUUAUUGGUUUUUUCCUGCUCAAGAGCCUCUAGUUGAAAAUCCACCUUUGUUAAUAUGGUUACAAGGUGGGCCUGGGUCAAGUUCUAUGAUUGGGCUUUUCGAAGAACAUGGGCCAUUUAAGGUUACGACAAAUUAUAAGUUGGAACUAAAUCCGUAUACUUGGAAUAAGCAUUAUAGCAUGUUAUACAUUGAUCAACCUGUUGGAACUGGUUGGUCAUAUGUAGAACCUCAAGAUCUGCCGCCGCCACAUGAACAUUUGUAUCACCAAUUAAACAUGGACAAUAUUAAUAUUAUUAGAAAUCCCUCUUCAUCUCCAUUUUCACCUAACAAUAGUUAUCUUGACGGAUAUGUAAUAAAUCAAAAAGGAGUAGCUAAAGAUUUGCUUAUAUUUAUGAAAGAAUUUUAUCAAAGAUAUCCCAAACAAAAGAAAUCUGAUCUUUACAUUUCUGGGGAAAGUUAUGCAGGGAAAUUCAUUCCAUCAUUUUCUUAUGCUAUUCACCAUUACAAUAAAAUAGUUAGAGAAUUUGAUUCUAAUGCGAUUCUACCACUCAAAGGAAUUGCAGUUGGCAGUGGGUUAACCGAUCCGGUUACACAAAUUAAAGUUCAUGGAGAACAUGCAUUUCAACUUGGACUUGUUUCUAGAGAAGACGCAGAUUAUUUGAAUUAUUUAAGCGGAGUAGUAAUAAAAUAUAUUAAAAAUAAUGAUUAUGUAAACGCCAAUCGUGUCCGAGUCUCAUUAUUUGCUUAUUAUAAAAAAGUUUCAGGGGACGUUAAUAUGUAUGAUGUAAGGAAAAAAAGUAUUCAAAAUGAUUGGAGUUUGAUGGAAAAUUUUUUAAAUAUGAAAGAAAUCAAAGCUUCAUUAAAUGUUGGGGAUAGAAGUUUCUUUAAAGACUAUAAUGUUAUUAAAUAUUUGGACGAUGAUAUUAUGAGAUCG